GUGCUCCAGAGCAACGAGGCUGUUUUCGCGAUGCCCGAGCCGGCCAAGUCCGCCCCCGCGCCCAAGAAGGGCUCCAAGAAAGCCGUGACCAAGACGCAGAAGAAGGGCGACAAGAAGCGCAAGAAGAGCCGCAAGGAGAGCUACUCGAUCUACGUGUACAAGGUGCUGAAGCAGGUGCACCCCGACACGGGCAUCUCGUCCAAGGCCAUGGGCAUCAUGAACUCCUUCGUCAACGACAUCUUCGAGCGCAUCGCCGGCGAGGCCUCGCGCCUGGCGCACUACAACAAGCGCUCCACCAUCACCUCGCGGGAGAUCCAGACGGCCGUGCGGCUCCUGCUGCCCGGCGAGCGGGACAAGCACGCCGUCUCCGAGGGCACCAAGGCCGUCACCAAGUACACCAGCUCCAAGUAGGGCGUCUCGGAUC